AUGAAAAUUAUAAAAUUCUUUUUUUUGGUUAUGCCCUUUAUAUAUUGGAAGUGUUCACACACAUAUAUCAAUAAUAGUAAGCUAUAUGGAGGUGCUAUUAUGAGUUCUAAUUUUAAAAAUGCAUAUAACGAGAAAAAAUCAUUAUGGGAUAGACUUUUCAAAAAGGCAAGACGCCAAUAUUUGAAUGCAACCAAUAUCGACAUAUCGAACAUUGUUCCUGGAUUUAAAAAAAUAUUUGACUCAAACUUUUUAUUUGGUGGUGAUUGGAAGUCUCAUAAGGAUUUAAUUAUAAGAAAGCUCAAGGCUUUGCGAACAACAAAAAGUAAUAACACUGUGAAAGCUGUUGCAAUUUUCCUGGCGUCUUGCAUAACAAUUGCGACUAUAAUGCGGUCUAUGGUUAUGUUAAGGAACUUUUUUCACAACCAAUAUAAAGAUAUAAGUAAACAAGAGCAACUGCUAUUGGGAAGAUCUGAAAAUCCACACAUCGAGAUUUGA